UUUUCCCAUAUUCUUUGCUCAUUAUGAUUCAGUCGUUUGAUGAAACUUAUACGUCUCGAAAUGAGGCACGCUUCAAUCACGAAACUGAAGACUGUGUUAAAUAUUCUCACCUCUAAAGUAUAUGGAUUCCAAACAUUAAUUAGUGGAAAUCGAUCUUGAAUAUCAUAGAAAAGUUUUUGUGGUCGGUAACGUGAACCGUGGAACAAUUAAACAGAAUUAAAAGAUUUUAAUUUUAUGUGAAACUAAAAAUGGAGAACAGUAUAUCGAACAUUUUAAAUGAAACUUUUGUGGAAAGCAUUGCCAAUUUAUCAGAUAGAGCAGACAUUGAACCAACAAUCGUUACAAAUCUUACAGUCACCGUCAUAUUGUGGCUUGUCUACAAUGGAUUUAUGUUUAUUUUUACGUUGGGAGGAAACAUGCUGACCAUAAUCGCGGUGCGUACAUGUCGGCGAUUACGUUCUAUUAUAUCAAACACUUUUAUCUUGUCUCUGGCAGUAUCUGAUUUUGUAGUCGGACUGACUUUGCCGUACCAUGUUGCCUUUUAUUUGGGCUCAGGCUUGGGUACCUCACACGAAUUUUGCCUAUUACGAUUUUUCCUCAUCAUAUUCGCUUGUUGUGUGUCAAUACUAACAUUAAUUACGAUUGCCAUAGAUCGAUACAUUGCUAUCGUUUACCCCCUGCAUUAUACAUGUUUAAUGACUCGUCGUACUGUCAUUGUAAUUAUUUCGUUUAAUUGGAUUUUGGGUGCGUCUGUAGCAGCUAUUCCAUUGUUUUGGAAUCGUUGGAAAAAGGGACAUCAAUGUGAAUUUGAUGAAGUAUUGUCAACCUGGUAUAUUCUUGGGAUCCUUACUCCUGGAUUCGUACUUAUUUGGUUUUUUAUGUUAGUGAUAUAUGGACGUAUAAUGAGUGAGGCAUCCAGACAAGCUCAGCACAUGCGCGAGCGAAAAAGUAUGCAAAGAUCAACAUCCUUUGUAUUAAAUGUUGAUUUUAAAUCAGUACAGGUCGUUUUAUUUAUUAUGGGCUGUUUCUCGUUAUGUUGGUUGACUUACUUCAUUGUAACUUGUGGUCAAACCAUCGGGCUAUUCAUGACUUCACCAUCUUUGUACCGAGUUGCGUUUUCGCUAGCAAUAACAAAUUCUGGCCUAAAUCCUAUUAUAUAUGCCUGGAAAAAUUCAAACUUUAGAAGAGCCUUUGCACAGUUAUUACGCUGCAGAAAUCCAAAUGAAUGUACACACAACACAAAUAUCAGUUAAAAAGAUUUUUUCAACUAAACGAGUUUUCUACUAGAUAUAAGAC